AUGUCUUUAUUUAAUAAGAUGUUCAGUGGAGGGGAAAAGGUGACAAAGAAGCCCUCUGAAGAAGGAGAGGUUGAGAAACUUCUACAGGGAGAGGAGCUGCUGAUGGAAAAGAAAGAACAUUUGAAGAAAAAGAUUGACAGAGAACUUCUGUAUGCCAAGAAGAACAGUAGAAAAAACAGAAGAGUGGCUCUGCAGGCGCUGAGAAGAAAGAAGUGGUACGAGAAACAUCUUAAGUACAUUGAUUGUGCUGUUAAGGCCAUGAGGUCCACCCAUGAACACAUAGAUAUUGUCAGCAAGGUGAACGACCUGAUCAGAGACAUCACAGAAGAGCAGGAUGUGACUCAGCAUAUAUCAGACACUCUCCACACAUCUGUGAGCUUUGGAGUGGAAUUUGAUGAGGACGAGCUGCUGGCAGAGCUGGAGAGGCUGGAGGAGAAUCUGGAUGCAAGCAUGUUUGAGAAGGACAGAGUGGAGGAGAGAGUCCCUUCUCCCCAAGUGUUAUCCACUACAUCACCUUCCCAUCCUGCUGCAGCAGAUGACAAGUACAUGUUUAGUAGCACUAAUGUGGCAGUGGACAACUUCAUGUUCACUAAGAGCAUGACACAAGACAAGGUGCAGUUGGUGGCAGUAUAA